GCGGGGCGGCGGCCGCAGCGGGCAGAGCCAGGCCCGAGGCGGCGGAGCCCGGCCCCUCCGCCCCUCGCCGGCCGCCCCCGCCGCCAGCAUGAAGCUCGUGAGGAAGGACAUCGAGAAGGACAACGCGGGCCAGGUGACCCUGGUGCCUGAGGAGCCCGAGGACAUGUGGCACACGUACAACCUGGUGCAGGUGGGCGACAGCCUGCGUGCCUCCACCAUCCGCAAGGUGCAGACCGAGUCGUCCACUGGUAGCGUGGGCAGCAACCGCGUGCGCACCACGCUCACCCUGUGCGUGGAGGCCAUCGACUUCGACUCGCAGGCGUGCCAGCUGCGGGUCAAGGGCACCAACAUCCAGGAGAACGAGUACGUCAAGAUGGGCGCCUACCACACCAUCGAGCUGGAGCCCAACCGCCAGUUCACGCUGGCCAAGAAGCAGUGGGACAGCGUGGUGCUGGAGCGCAUCGAGCAGGCAUGCGACCCGGCGUGGAGCGCCGACGUGGCCGCCGUGGUCAUGCAGGAGGGCCUGGCCCACGUCUGCCUCGUCACGCCCAGCAUGACCCUCACCCGCGCCAAGGUGGAGGUGAACAUCCCCCGCAAGCGCCGGGGCAACUGCUCGCAACACGACCGGGCCCUGGAGCGCUUCUACGAGCAGGUGGUGCAGGCCAUCCAGCGCCACGUGCACUUCGACGUGGUCAAGUGCGUGCUGGUGGCCAGCCCCGGCUUCGUCCGGGAGCAGUUCUGCGACUACAUGUUCCAGCAGGCGGUGAAGACGGACAACAAGGUGCUGCUGGAAAACCGGUCCAAGUUCCUUCAGGUACAUGCCUCUUCUGGACACAAAUACUCAUUGAAAGAGGCCCUUUGUGAUCCUACUGUGGCCAGCCGCCUCUCAGACACCAAAGCUGCUGGUGAAGUAAAAGCUUUAGAUGACUUCUACAAGAUGUUGCAACAUGAACCUGACCGAGCUUUCUACGGACUCAAGCAGGUGGAAAAGGCCAAUGAGGCCUUGGCAAUUGACACACUGCUCAUCAGUGAUGAGCUCUUCAGACACCAGGAUGUAGCCACCCGAAGCAGAUAUGUGAAAUUGGUGGACAGUGUCAGAGAGAAUGCAGGCACUGUUCGGAUAUUUUCUAGUCUUCAUGUAUCUGGGGAGCAGCUCAGCCGGUUGACAGGAGUUGCUGCCAUUCUGCGCUUCCCUGUCCCUGAUCUCUCUGACCAGGAGUCUGGUUCAAGUUCUGAAGGCGAUUAAUGACUAGCACUUGUAAAAAGAGACCAUUUACUGCCCAACUCCUUCACCUGCUUGAACUAAUACAUAGAACAGAUGUUCUCAGAUCGAGUGUGAAAGCUGCUAGGGAGAUCAUUUUCAUUUACAUGAGAGGUUUUUCUUGUCGGGCUGUUUUCUUUCUGUUGUAAGACCUAUACAACUAGAAAAUAAAUUAAGAGAAAAGUAAUGUCUAAUUUUA